GAAUUUGUAGUUUCUGUCACCAAUGUACACACUGAUAAAACAAGACAUCGUAAACUGUGAUCAUUUUGGUUAAGUGACUUCAACUUUAACCAUUUUCAGUGCUGAAUCCAGACGUAUGCAGACUGAUCCAAGUGCAGCUUUAAAGAAAACCACAAGAGGUCAUUGUUGUUUCAUAGAAAAAAUAUGUACUAGCUAGUCUACUAGCGGUUCCUCAAGACUGUCAGAGAAAGAAAGAAAGACAGAAACAAAGAGAGAAAGAAAGAAAGACAGAAACAAAGAAAUAAAGAAAAAGAGUAGCCAAAACAUUUCAGUAUUUUUUAUUUGCGCUGUUGCUGGAUGCUUAUUCUGUCUUCUCCAUCAGUUUCCUGUGUCACAUUUAAAUGUCCGCAAAGCAUGCUGGGAACUACCGAGGUUUAGUCUUCGCAGUUAUUCAGUAAAGAUAAUCCAUUAUCAGUGCUUUGGGGGAACCCCUCCUCCCUCCUCCCCCGCAGAGGAUGCGGGACAGUCUGACUGGUCCUGAGCUCUUGACUCCUCUCGGCUCAGAAGCGGUUGCGAUCAUCCUGAGAAUCUCACCGGAAUCUCGCUCUGGGAUCAGGUUUCUUCUGUUUUUCUGGCUUUACCCCUCCGCUCCAAGUCUGGAUUUGUGACAUCAUGACGGAAUAUUGAGGAUAGUUUUAAUUAUGGUUCGCUUUAAAUGUCCAUGUUUACGGAGCUGCAGCUGAGGUUUCAUUUGAUGUCGGACUGGAUUAUUUCAGCGUGAUGGAUACACAUGAGAGCGCAGUGCUCAAACUUUUUGUUGUUGGGAUUUUGGUCAAUGUCUGGAUGAUGAGAGGCCUGUCAGCCACUGACAGUUUCAGCACAGAGCCCACCCCCCUCUGGCCGAGGAAAGCCUGCAAUGAGUCACGUCUGCAGUGGGAGGUGGAGAUCUGUGGAGAGGACUUCAAGCGCGACAUGGCUCACAUAGAUCCACAGUACUGGUGUAACCUCACACACUUCAUCAGUGAGUACCACCUCUUCACCCUCUGCACAGAGACCAAGUCCCAAAUUGUCCACUGCUACUGGCCCAAUCCACUAGUGGAGAGCUACAUCAUCCGCGUACACAAGCACUUUUUCUCCAACUGUACCAUGGAACAGGUAGUGUGGGUGGACCCGCCGGAUGACACGCUCACCAUCCUCAUCCUCAUCCCUGUUUUCCUCACCAUGGCAAUGAUUGCCCUGGUGGUCUGGUGCAGCAAGAGGAGUGAUAUCCUGGCCUAGGAAGGGAGGAGGAUGGAAGGGGAUGGAGAAGGACUGAGGUCACAGUCCCAGCCUCUUGACUGAAACAGCACUGGACACAUCAAAGGAGUUGCUGCUGGUGAGACGUUCCAUCAGUGGCUCUGCAAACCACCCAAGCGCCCUGUGAAGACAAGGAAAGCGGUCCCUGGCUGUUUUUUAAAACUUUUCAUGUAUAAAACAUCUUACAUUGGCCUGCAAUACUAGAAGAUGGAUACCACCCGUCUGCUAAAUAUUAACAUACAGCCAGCAGCUGAUCCACUGGUGGAGAGCUAGCUUAGCAUAAAGGCUGGAAGCAGGGGAAAACAGCUAUACUGGCUCUAUCUAAAGGCAAAAGAAAAACUGCUUACCAGCCUUUUUUUAAACUCACCGAUUAACACAUUUAAUUUCUUUAAUGUAACUUCAAACAACAACUCGCCGUUUGAUGGUGUGUUAUGUCCAGUUUAGGAAACUAGUGGAGACUCCAGGCAGGUUAGUUUUGGAAAGAGCCAGGUUAGCUCUUUAACACUGUUUUCAGUCAUUAUACUAUACUUAUACUAAGCUAAGCUAGCUAGCAGCUAGCUCCAGCUAUGUAUUUAUCAGACAGACAUGUAUGGUAUCAAUCUUCUUUUGUCCCCAAAUAUCAAAGUAUUUCUUUAAUUGAAUGUGUUUCUGAAUGGGGAACUCUCCUUUAAAUUGUGGGCAAUGUCUCCUGUUUGCCACAGAUACAGGGCAGUCUCUGUCUCUCUCUGCAACAGGGACAAAGACCUAAUUGAGACACAGAGGAUGUUGGUGGUUUGAUGCCUUCGUCACUUAUCAGGGAAACUGACCAGUGGGGCAGUUCACCAGAUCUUGUUGCGUUUGGUCAUUCAGAUCAUGGAUCUGAAGCGUGGACAUCGUAGAUUCUUGUCAGAGAACUAUAUUGUUGCUGAAGGCCAAAGUAUCCACCAAGCAUCAGAAGCAUCGAUUGAACUCAAGACUUCCAGAGGACACUUGUUAAAUAUUUGAACUUGAUACUGUUUGAUGGCUUGGAAGGAUGAAAAAGAUGCCAAAUUUUGACUUAAUAUUGAUUCUGCAGGUUUGAUCUUACUGUUGACUUACUGAAUGGACAGAAAAAAACACUGGUGUGGAUCCCAAAGACAAGGCAACACUAUGAUUUGUAUAUUUUGGGACUUGAAUUUCUUGUGUGACUACCUGAGCCCUGAUGGACUGUAACUUAUACUAUAGAAUAAAUUACUUUUAAUAUACUGUUAAAAUACUCACAAACAGGGGUUCUCUGUGGAAAUAGACUAACUAUGAACUGACACUGGGAUUUCACUGUACAAUUAUACCCUCUGUGCUGUCUACUGUAUCUGCAUUGCAUCUCCACACCAGUGGAAAUGAAUUCCUUUUUAAUGUACGCAUGUCAUCGGUUUUUUGGACUGCUCCUCACCAGUCACCAGGCAGUGUCAGCUCACCUGUACACUAUCUCACCUGAGCUGCUGCCUGUGGAAACUAAAACUCAGCUUAAGUACCUUGAUUAAAUCUCCAGUCUCUCUUAGAAUGGUUGAUUUCUCUCCUUCAUUACAUGAAGAAAACAAACACUGAGCAACACAGUUUUGUAAUGCUGUCUUUUUUAGCUCAUUUUAGCAGGGUUCCCCUCAGGAAACUGAUGAGGGGAGAUGUAAGCCCCUCACCAUAUGUUCAAAGCCCUGUAUGACAGAGAUCCAGCUUGUCAUCACACAGUUUUAACUGACUUUAUAAUUAGUCAUUUGUCUUAACAUUUAACCAGCUUGGAAGACGAAGACUGACACUGUCCCUGACACUGUGACACACUGCUCUGAUUGGUUAUUACAUGCAAACACGUUAUAUAGAUAGAUAGAUAGAUCAGUCACCUGCUGAGCAGACUCACAUCCUGACACAGUCCUUCUCUUUAUCAGUUAUCAGAUGAAUUCUUGAAAACAUGGCCUUUGCUGUGUUUGGAAGCACCACUGCUUGUUUUGUAUGAUAUUUUUAUAAAAAAGGAACAUUUCUUCUGAUAUUAGUGGAGAGGCUCUUUAUUUCACUUCCACCAGACAUGCUGCAGGAAACCUGCUCAGUUACAAUCUUAACAAGUGAAGCAUAAAGACACGAGAAUUUCUCUCUGCUGCUUUUAAACUCACAGUCUUUGAAUAUGAAAUCAUCAUAACACUGUGGCACAACAGGAUGAUAACAAUGUCCUUAAAGGACAUAGUGAACUAAUUGCUGCCACAGGAGGAAAAACAGCAUUUCGCCUACCUCAUCUGGUAUGAAUUAGGCUCAAUGCUAAGCAUGUAUUCAAAUAUAAAAAUGCUAUUAAGAGUCAUGACUAAAUCUCCCCUUUACUUUUCCACUGAAGACUUGACUCUAUUGAGUCUUUACUUUUUUGUUCUAAUGAACUCUGAAACACAGAACUUCAGUCCAGCACAGGGGUCGUGAGGUGCAUUAAGAAUGAUUUGAAACCUGUCAAAGGCUUUUAAAACAAACCCUCAUAUGCCCAAUGCUCACUGAGUGUAAUGACUGAUCACCAGGCCUAUAGGUGUUUUCUCCGUAGUCGUCCAACGGGCUGCUUCACCCACCUGAGCGGUCCCAGCUUACAAACAAAGCCUCCUUGUUUAUCAAGUCCUCUUUUUAAUCUGUCAUCUGAAAAGUGUGUAAGUGUGUGCGUAUGAACAUCCAUCACUGUCAAAAGGAAAUGCAGUCAUUACUGGUGUAUACUUUCACAUCCUGAAGGAAUCAUUUUAUCAUUAUUAACUGUAGAUACUAUUUAAGGUCACAAUUAAAAUCAAAUCAAAGCCAGAA